AAAUACCCAUUAGGAAGGCACGCUCCUAUAUAAAUCUGCUGUCUAUUUAUAGAAAAAAUAAAACUUACAAGAUUCUUUUUUUCCAGGCUACAAAUUUGGCAUGAGGUGGAAAAAGACGGCACCAUGGACUAUUCUGAUUUGUGCCACGUGUUUCGCCUCUGCACAAGAUGCCAACCAAUACAAGGAUCCUUAUAACAGAUCUCUUCACACAUCGACACUUAUAAAUAAUAAGAUGUUUGUGUUUGGAGGUUGGGUUGCAGUAGAUGCCAAUAACAGAAAGUUAGUCGCGUAUGAAAAGGAAUGGAAAUGCACAAACACAAUAGGGUGCCUCAAUUUAGAGACAAUGAAUUGGGAUUAUGUUGAUACAUCUAGUGGAGACGAAUCUACUGUACCUUGUCCUAGAGCUGGUCAUUGUGCUGUUGGUGUAGGCACUAGAAUAUAUGUCUGGUCUGGUCGAGAUGGCUAUCAAAAAGCAUUUCAAGUAUGUCUUAAACAUUUGUGGUAUCUUGAUGUAGAUAAGCCUCCUGCACCUAGUAAACUGUCCUUGAUCAAAGCAGAAACGAAAAUUCCAGUAACGCCUGUGGUCACCGCAGAGAAAGUUAAUCUUUGUGAAAAAGUUACAGCUUCCCAACAAGCUGUAGCUACCAAACCAGUUGUAACUGUUCAACCAGGACUAGACACUACAAUUGCAUCACCUGUUUCUUCAAAUACAAUUCAAAAUUCUACAGCCAAAGUUGUGCAGCAGAACUCAAUUAAUGUAGAGCAAAUAUCUGGUACUCAAGCUUCAGAUACCGCCACAGAAACACAGAAAAGGGCGUUGACUCAAAUUCAACCAGCCAAUAUAAGAACACAUAACUCUGUUGUGGGUCAAGAACCAACGAUAAUUAAAACAACACCUCAAGUUCAACAGGUCUUUGUCCAAAAGGGUACCAAUCACAAACCGGGUACUUUUCAACCCCAGCAUGUGACAAUUGUUAAAACUAGUAGUGGCUUGACUUUAGCCCCUUUACUAAAAAGUGGAACAACUGAGCCAGUUUCAACAAAUGGUGGCCAACAAGUACCGGUUGUCAGUUCAACGGGAAAUCCGAUAAAUAUGCGAACAUUCACAAACGCUGAGACAGUAAAUAGGUCGCUAGUUACAACAGAUGCAUUGAACCCAUAUCCUGUUGCUUCUCCUGCAAUACAUACCUGUCAGAGAGCUCAAUUUGACAAAUCCAUUGCUGAAACUCCUAAAACACUCUUUCUUUCUAAAAAUACGAAGCAAGUGAAGAUUGGAGGCAAGCAGCUAACCGUACAAAUGAUAUCACCAGGACCUAAUAAAACUUUGCCUGUUGUACCAUUUCAGAGCGGAAUCGAAAAAAUACUCCGUUUACCAGAAACACCGAUGAUAUUGCGACCAGAACCACCUACGACUCAAACUUCAUCAAGUGUUGGUGACGCUGGACAAAAUAAAACCACAAAAAGACCAGGUAGUGCUGACCAAACCGGUCUUAUUAAAAAAAACAAGAAGGAAGAUGAGAGAUGAACUGUGGCUUUCUAAGCUAAAGCUGCAAGAAAUUUCUAUGUUUUAAUUGUUUUUCAUUAUUGACUUCUUCAGGCAGGUAUUUAUUCCCAUACUUUUCGUCAUUCAUAUUUUGUAUCAACACCAACCAAACUCUUGUAAAUUUCUUAAAUAAGGUUUGAAAGGGAACAAAAAGAGGUUGGUUAAGAUUAUGGUUAUAAAAUUGUGGAAAUUUGUUUCCUUUCCAAAUGUGUAAUGGAUUUCUUUCAAGUAUCCUAAAUCGAUAUUCCCUAAAUAAUGUCAAUAUUUUCUAAUUAUUACAUAUUGAAUAAUAGAUUAAGUUUUAUGAUGAUUUUUGCGUAGGACAUUGAUAAACACCAACUAGAUAGAUAAUAUUGCAUGACUGAGACUGAAACGCAGUAAGCGAAAUUGCAUUCAGGAAACUUAUCAGUUUUCAAACCGCUUUCUAUUGUAAAACAAUAAUAAUUGAUAAUACUAGCUUGCAUC